CAUGUUGAGGUGCAAGUUCCUUUGCCAAAGAAAGACGAGGUCUUGCUAAAGCUGGAAGCAGCGAGCUUGAAUCCCGUUGAUUGGAAAACUCAGAAAGGAAACCUUUGGCCACUGUUUCCACUCAGAUUUCCAUUUAUACCAGUUACUGAUGUUGCCGGAGAGGUUAUUGAUGUUGGUUCUGCAGUCAAGAACUUCAAAAUUGGAGACAAAGUUGUAUCUAUGCUCAAUUUUAUGAAAGGAGGUGGGCUUGCAGAAUAUGCAGUUGCCUCAUCCACCCUAACAGUUCACAGACCACCUGAGGUAUCCCCAGCUGAAGGCGCAGGUCUACCCAUAGCUGCUUCCACGGCUCUCCAAGCACUCAAAUCCGCCGGAGCCAAGUUCGACGGCACGAGCAAGCCCCUCAACAUCCUCAUAACGGCUGCCUCCGGGGGCGUUGGACACUAUGCAGUGCAGCUUGCAAAGCUUGCGAACCUCAAUGUGACGGCAACCUGCGGCGCUCGAAACAUGGAAUUGGUCAAGAGCUUAGGUGCAGAUGAGGUUCUCGACUACAAGAGCUCGGAUGGCGAAAUGUUACAGAGUCCAUCAGGUAAGAAAUAUGAUGCAGUGAUACAAUGUGCAGCCGGCGUCGAAUGGUCAGUUUUUGAGGCGAAUCUGAGCGAGAAUGGGAAGGUGGUGGUUGUCACACCCAAUCCCAUGACCUUUGUGAAGUACGCUCUGAAGAGGCUUAGUUUUGCUAAGAAGGCGGCAGUGCCGAUGGUUCUGAUGCCGAAGGAGGAGGAUUUGAGGUUUUUGGUUGGGUUGGUGAAGGAAGGGAAGAUGAAGACGGUGGUGGACUCUAAGCAUUUGCUGAGCAAUGCAGGGGAUGCAUGGGCUAAAUGUAUUGAUGGGCAUGCUACAGGUAAGAUUGUUAUUGAGAUGUAAGGUGUGUGAUAGAAGCUGGAAUUUGAUGUUUGAGAGAAAUUUAUGUGGAUUUAUUGGAUGAAAUAGUAAAAAGAAUGAUGCUGUAAACAAGGUAAAUUUGUUGUUGUUGUUGUUUUUUUUGUUUUUUACAGAGUUUCGGAGUCUUCUUUGGUUUGA